CCUACUCUCAAAAGCAAAACAGCUGCACACGAAAUGAGUCCCAGCAUCACCGCCGAGGCCACCCAGCCUCUUCCUGCCAGGUCCACCGUGGCACAGAGAAAACAGGCCCACGAACUGAAAAAGGUAAGGGAAAGAGACAAACAACAGGGUAAUGUGCAACAAGACUGUUUUAUGAUUGAACUGUUUUAAAUCGCAGCCGAUUAACGGACUUCUAUCAUUUCUCACAGACUUUGAAACCUUUACUGGAGAAGAGAAGACGUGCUCGUAUCAACGACAGUCUCAGUCACUUGAAAAGCCUGAUUCUUCCUCUGAUUGGCAAAGACAACGCUCGCUACUCCAAGUUGGAGAAAGCUGAUAUUCUAGAAAUGACCGUCCGUUUCCUCCGAGACCUCCCCUCCACUCCUGUCAAAGGUGAGCAUCUCCUAAACUGCGAUUCAACAAUGCAGAUAUAUUUCUGAUAUUGAAGGUCACAUUAUAAAUUCAAGCCACUGAUCACCUCCUUUCUUCCCCAAGACUCAACAGAGAGUUACAGAGAAGGCUACAAGGCCUGCCUCCAGCGCGUCUCCGCACUGCUUCCAAAAACCAGCCUGGAUCAAGAGACGUGCCAUCGCGUAAAUGAGUUCAUCCAGCAGUCCAGAUCUGCAACCGUUACCCCAACCUGCCUAAACUGCUGUGCUCAGAGCUCCAAGACAUUCCCCCAGAUCCAGCAGAGACUCUUGAGCCUCAAAUCCAGCUUCAGCUCCCGACUGGAGAGCCAGUCUCGCAGUAACAGCAGCGCAGUGGCUCCCAGCCGCGCGCAACCAGUCCCGCAGGCUGUGAGCGCGGCCAUGUGGAGACCCUGGUAGAAUAG